CCGAGCAGCGGGCGCUUGCUUCUGUAUUAUAGAGGAGAGGAGGAGGCUGUAACGUUAGAGGAUUGGAGAGGAGGAGGCUGUAACGUUAGAGGAUUGGAGAGGAGAAGAGGAGAGGAGGAGGCUGUAACGUUGGAGGAUUGUAAAGGAGAAGAGGAGAGGAGGAGGCUGUAACGUUAGAGGAUUGUAAAGGAGAAGAGGAGAGGAAGAGGCUGUAACGUUAAUAGGAUUGUAGAGGAGAAGAGGAGAGGAGGAGGCUGUAACGUUAAUAGGAUUGUAGAGGAGAUCUUCGCUGGUGUUUUGUCUGGAGCCAUGGAGCGUUUCCUGGUCUUUGUGAAGCAGAUCAGGAGGUCCAGGAGGCGCAAGGGGAAAAAGUACAGACCGGAGGAGGACUAUCAGGAGGGAUAUGAAGAUGUGUAUUAUUAUGCUUCUGAACACCUGCACAAUUCCUGCUACAAAAGCGACGAAGAAGAUGAGGGGCCUUACACAAAGCACUCCAACCCCUCCAGGCCACCCGAUGGAGCGCUGGCCAUCAGGAGGCAGAGUAUCCCAGAUGAGUUUAAGGGCUCCAGUGUUGUAGAGUUAAUGAAGAAAGAGGGAACCACACUCGGCCUCACUGUGUCUGGGGGCGUCGACAAGGAUGGAAAACCUCGGGUGUCCAACCUGCGCCAGGGAGGCAUCGCUGCUAGGAGUGACCAGCUCAACGUGGGCGACUACAUCAAGUCUGUAAACGGGAUCAAUCUGACCAAGUUCCGUCACGAUGAGAUCAUCAGCCUGCUGAAGAACGUCGGAGAACGUGUGGUUCUAGAGGUGGAAUUCGAGCUGCCACCUGUCUCUGUUCAGGGCUCUGGGCUGAUGUUCAAAAGCGUUGAGGUGACUCUGCACAAAGAAGGCAGAAUGUUCUCCCCAGAGACAGACGUUCGGCUUUGUCAUCCGAGCUGUCACGUACUACAGUAUUACCUUGGUUCUUCAGUGAUCUCUUAG